AUGGAAGUUGACAAUAAUCCAGAGGUGGGGGUUCUCCCACCUGAUAUAGAAAAGCUUCGUCGUUCUGUAGUCCAGUAUGUGGAUCAAAACGAUCUAAGAAUCCGCUUUUGGGAUUGGCACAAUCCUUUCCAAGAUGUGGAUGAAAUGCUCUGUAUUCAUGCAGUUGUUUUAUUUUCAAAAAUGAAAGAUGUUGAACAGAAAUAUUUAGUAAAUCAGUUGAUUUUCCUUGUCCAACAAUCGAGAGCUGAGCCUCUUCCUACUAAUGUUACUUAUGAACGGGUUAUUGAUCAUAUUCUCCUUUUUGCUAUGAAGGAACAGGUCCUUCCUAUGAGUACUGCCAUUGGUGGUGUUAUUCUGACGGCUGAUUUCACUCUUAAAACUGGUAUGUCUUCUUUUAAGUGGGAUAUGAUAAUGAAUUAUGUGGAAAGCAUGGAUCUCAAGGGAAUGCGUCAUAUCUUCAAAACCUUAAUUGAAACCCAACUAGUGAUGCUACCUCAGAAUAUAUCAUUCGAACAGAGGAAGCAGCUCAUUCCUGUUGAGAAUCUCCUUCUUUUCAUUCUUAAUAAAGUCCCCCCUAUCUUCACUAUGUCUGAGAUUUCUCGAUGUGAUGUUCGUAUGCACAUGUUUCCGCGAAUUGUCGUCAAGCUCUCUGAAAUCAAGGCAUAUUUCCGACCCUUAGCCGACUUGUGCUUUGCGAUUGGUAAAUGCUUCAUGUAUCCAAUUCUUCUUCAUCCUCAUUUCAAUCCAAUGUCAGCCUCCUGGAGAGUGCACAAGAAUUCUACAGCUUUAUGUGCUCGUUACACUUAUUUGCCAAAUAGGAAAGAAGUAUGUGAUCCACAAAAUUAUUUGUUCUAUAUGAUUAUCAAACAACCUCGAGGAAAGGAAGUGUUAGGAGCGAUGUUAAAGACUCUAGAUGAAGAUGCACAGUAUCAAAUCUUCGACGGCCUACUUUCAAUUUUAAUCAGCGACACCAUGGCUGCUGUUGAGGAGUUGCCAGUGAAUGCUGAGAUCCCGCGUUAUCAAUGGGAUAACUUGUUAGCCAUCAUUAUAUUUGCAAUGAAUAACAAACAGACUAAUGCUAGUAGUGUUGUUGCUAUUUUGCAUCAAAUUUUGGAGAAAAGACAAUACCGUAAAGCUCGUGACGAAGUGAUGUGGUUGAUGCUGCAAGUUGUCGGAUCAUUCAAUACUGCUUUGACAACAGAGCACAUCGAGAAGUUGGCAGCAUUGCACAAGUUGUUGUAUAAUGAGGACUUCAAGUCUACUUAUAAUUCUGAACAUCCUUCUCAACUAGUGCGGUUUAUGUCUACCGCUUGCAUGUACAUCCUAUUGGAAGGAAAAGAAGGGUUACCGGAGCCAAGUGAUAGCCUUGCCGUUCAGAUAAAGUUUAUUAGGAAUACGGCUGCCGAAGACACCGAUGACCAAUCACUCAUGACGCUGUUAACUAAUGCCUACCGUUCGGAUAAUCCUAUUGUGCGCAAAGUUUUGAGAAAUUUUUCAACCAUGCUUGAAGGUCAGAGUGGAGAUGAACCAUUCUUCUUGCCAUACAAUAAACAUGCAAACAACCGCCUCGCUCCGUUCGAACUUCAACUCAUCGAUUCAUUUGCUCUGCGAGCCAAACUUCAUCUUCUACAAGUUUGUGCAGCUCCGUUGCGUUCUACAAUGGAAAGAUAUCCCAGCCCAGCCAUCAUUGAAACAUAUGCCAAGCUUCUAUAUACAGUUGACUUUGAUUUUGGUUUCAAGCAUCUUGUGCAGUUAUACUCGAAGACGUUGCAUUCUCCACAGGGAGGGACUGAUUACAGGGAUCAUCUAUAUAUCAUGAGUGAUCUAUUCACAAACAGGUUGACUAACAUGCCUCUGCCUCCUCCCGGUAGAGAAACGCUUCUGCUCACAAUCUUAGCUGCUAUGCAUACGACUAUAAAUCCAAGUAAACCUGCCAAUGCUGAAUUAUACUUGAUUGGAGAUCAGAUUUUGAUGAGACAGUUUUGUUGGUCACCGUUCACUGAAACUUUGACCUUAGGAACAUCUUUCAUUCCUGACGACCGAAGUGUAAGUAGUCGAUUAUGCCAACCUGAGAAGUUUGAGACGCCUGAUUUCCAUGUUUGCCCGGAAAUUUCGCGGAUUCUUUUCAUUUCCGUCAUGAGAACUAUCAAAAUUUUGGGAGUCUCCAUUAGUCAUUUAACAGAGGAUCCCAACUUCUUUCAAACUGCCUGCACGAAAUUCACCUGGGGUGAAAGCCAGCUUCAAUCAUUCCCAGCUAUCUGUAGAACAUAUACAGAAAUGGUAGACAAGUCUACAGAUGUUAUGAUGUCCGAAGAACGAAGAAAUGCUGUGCAUUCCGAUUUCGUACAGAUGCAAGGUCUUCCGGAAGACUCAUUCGUAGGAUACAUGACCGAAGGAGAAAGUAUUCACACUACGAUUUUCUGUGUUAUUUUCCGUGCACUGAUGGAGAACAUGGACAUUUCUAGGAACCUUCCCUCUUUCUAUCAAAUCCUUAAUCGGUGUGGUGGACGAGAGCUCGUUAUUGCAACUAAUUGGCUUUCUGAGUACGUGGUACAGCAAUGUGGUGACGCUGGUCAAGAUGUGUUCCAAUCUUGCAUUCGUGUCCUGAUCAACAUGAUGUUCGAGCUUCAUAUGGUCAAGUUCGAUCGAUUCCUUCUUUCACUUAUACUUCAUCCAAGUAAUGAUCAAAAAGCGCAAGUUGCUUUACUCAUCAGUCAAUACCUGUUAGAAACCUCUGAGGUUAAGGAACGCUUCACUAUGUACACAACAACAGUUCCGAAAAGAGACGUGAAAGCUGCAGAAUUUUUCAGUAGAUUAGGAGAUUUUCAUAGAAAAUAUCCUGAGUAUGCCUUCUCCGAGCUAGAGCAAAUGGCUGGAGACAAUCUACGGGAACCUGUCAUCAAUCCAACAGCUCAUUUCCCCAUCUAUUAUGGCAGUAUCAUGGAGAGGUUACUACCGAUUUGUGAUUUUGCCAUUUCGAGAGCACUCGAACUGCCGAAUGUUGAUUCUAUUCUAUCGUCUUUCCUUAAAGCCUUAGGACCCUUAUAUAAGUACCACCCGUGCCCAAUAACAUUUGUUUAUACAGUCCUACAUACUAUGCACAAUUCUCUUGGCCAACAACCAAGAGCGAGACAGUUUGUUCUAAAUAUUUUCAUUCAAAGGGAUGAUGUACAGCUAACAGAAACGUUCCUUUCAUACAAUCAUCAGAAGCAUACUUUGGAAGAUAUUCUAACGGAACUGAUUCAACGAAUCAUAGAAUGUAGUGAUUUCAUUCUGAAACCUCCUUCUUACGUUUCUCAAGAUUGGCGCUUCUCAGAGCUUACCCCGUCCGCACAAGCAUUAUACCUUUCAUGUAUUGAACUACUGGCUAGUCCUCAUAGUCCUACACAUAUUGUCCCUGCUAUGGUUUCCUUAUUAACGGCUUCACCCCAAGUUCAACAACGUCCUUACACAACACUGAACGCAGUCGCUCUAAUCCUUACUGCUCUUCCUGAUGUAUAUGGUGAAGUAUUACAACAACAGUUCAUAGAAGUUUUGGAGAAAGGAGAGAUGGAAGAUUUGAAAUUUGAGGAGAUUGUUCACGACAACUUCGAAGAGCGCAUUCAUUUGCACAUGACUAACCGGGCAUUGACCGUCAAUACUCUUCUACAAGCUUAUUGGACUCACGGCAAUAAUUUGGGUGUCGGCAAGUUCACAAACUUCUUCUUGGACGAAUGCUAUUCUCGGAUCAAAACGGAAAACGACUUGUGGUAUUUCAUACGUCUGAUGUUGCCUUUGCAACAAUGGGUGUUUGAAAAGGAUAAAAUGAAACAUUCGUUCAAUGAGUGUUUGCGUCAAGUCUCAGGCAUUAUAAAGAAAAUAGGAGAGCUAUCCGAAAAAGGAGUUGAAUUUCAGCACGGUUUGAUUCUCUGUGACAUACUUUAUCAUCUCAAAUAUUUAUUCUCCGGUGAUGCUAUGGCAAUAGAUGCUGAGCAAGUUUUUCCUAAAUUCCCAAAGUAUAUGCAGGAUCAUCUUAAAUACUAUAUUACCCCUACACAUCAACGGUCAGAUGAGGACAACCACAAUAAAACGGCAGGAACUAGUCAUGACAUCUCCCAUGCCUCCAAAUCCAACAGUACAUCCAACCCUGUGGAAGCAGCAUCAGACCGCCAAUAA